AUGGAUCGAUUCCAGAUGGUCUUCCAGUACUUCCAGUCUAAUUCAGAAUCAGUGACAAAUGGGAUCUGUGGGCUAUUAGCAUUGGCAAGUGUGAAGAUUUACACCAUCUUUGAUUUCAAUUGCCCUUGCCUUGUUAAAUACAACAUGGCAUAUGGCUUGGGAAUAAUGUUUAUCCCACCAGUAGCACUUUUUCUCUGUGGGAUCAUUAUCAACAGGCAAUUUGUUAUGAUGCUUGCGGAGUGGAGGAGACCAACUGGAGAUAGAAGGAAGAAUCCAUCCAUUAUCAGGUACAUGUGUUCUUCUGUUAUGCAACGGGCUAUGAUAGCACCCACUGUUUGGAUCCUAGUCGCCCUCCUUGAUGGGAAAUGUUUUGUCUGUGCCUUCAGCAGUUCCAUUGAUCCUGAGAAAUUUCCAGAUUUUGCUGCCAACAUCACCUCCUAUGAUGCCUUGCAACACUUUCUUGCCAAAAUCCCAUGCAAACAUGAUGAGUUGAUGAGGAAUAACACUUCCCGCAAGGCAGUGUCCAGGUAUCUCAAAUGCUGUUCACAAGUUUUUGGUUGGAGUCUUCUUUUAAUCCUGAUCGUGAUGGCCUUCCUUGCUCGUUCUCUCCAGCCCUGCUUCAAUCGUGCCGCCUUUUUGCAAACCCGCUACUGGAGCAAUUACAUUGACCUUGAACAAAAAAUAUUUGAAGAGACCUGUUGCGAACAAACACGGGACUUUGCACACAAGUGUAAGAUAUGCACCUUAACUUGGAGAAGGAUUGGAGUUUCAGAAGAAAAUCAUGGAGCUAAACGAGCAGAGAGUGAUUAUAGUGGAAGCAGAAGUAGCCAAUGUCAUGUGAUGCAGUUUUCUAACAGUUCAAAGACUGGCGCAUUAGGCUUCACUUCAGCAGUUGAGAAAGGCUCAAAGAGAAACCAGCAAAGUAGCCCAGUGGCCGUCGGGAAGGCUGAACGUCACAUAGCUCUGUGA